CCCACGAUUCGAUAGUAUCGUCAUCGUCUAUAUAAAUAUAGAUAUUCCGGUCUCUGGAAUGAAUAUGAGAGUCAUUCCAGGAGUUAACUUUCAGUGAUUUUUUAAAAAAUAAUUUCAUAAUACCCGCCUAAUUUUACCAACCGGAAACGCCAUAAGUCAUAGGAAGGGGUUUCCGUUUCCGGUUUCUUGCUUCUCGUUCACAAACGGUAAACGACUCGAGUGGUUUGUGGUUUGCUUAAACAGUUCAGGGUCAUAUUCGUCCAUUUGUGAAAAUCAUGUCUGAACCUGAACCUAAACCCGAACCUAAACCCAAACCGGAACCUAAACCCCUGAAAACCCAUUGGGGCGCUUCAAAGGAAGCUACGGAGGCUAUUCUGGAAUGCUUGGAGUCUGCACUUAAGAGACUGGUGGAAUCACAGUCGAAGUCGUUGUUAAAGAAGUUCUUCACCAGGGAAAUAGUGGACAAACUGAAGAUGAAGACUUCUAAAUUCGGGGCCACGCUGCAGGAUUGCAUUGAUCCUGGUUCGAAAAAAGGACAGUUCUAG